GGCAACGGCAGGACCGCCGCGGCCUACCUCGAUUUGCGCGCCGCGACCGACGGGCUUUCCUCCCCGCUUACCCCGCCGGAGCGAAGCGGGCGGCCCGUCGCCCCUGAGGAGCCCCGACGCGGUAGUUCAGGCGCGUGCUGGGUGCAGCGCAAUGAGGCCGCCCUCCCCUUAGGCCGCCCCCCAGGAAGGGAUGCAGCGGGCUGAGGAAGCUGAAGGCAGCAGAGAGGCAGCAGCAGCAGCAGCAGCUGGCCACGUGGGGAAGGGGACGUCUCCGGGCCGCGGAACGAGGGAGAAAAGGGAGACCCAGAAGAGGAAGACCUGCUCGGCUCCUGCAGCCUCUCCAGCUUCGGCCUUGAAGUCGCGGCCUCGGCCCAGCGACCGGCUGAAUCCCAAAACCAUCGAUCCGUUCAAUAUUGAGUCAAGAGUGUCUUCCACCUUUGCAGCCAUUUAUUCUAAAGGGGGCAUCCCUUGCAGGUUAGUCCACGGCUCUGUAAGGCACAAACUGCAAUGGGACUGUCACCCUGCAUCACUUCAGUUUGAUCCCCUUCUUAUUAAUUUAGCAGAGGGCCUAAAAGAGACGAGGCACCCGUACACAUUCAUCUCCCAGGAAGGCUUCAAAGAGCUGCUCUCGGUGGAAGGAGCGGCGCAGAAAACCCUCCCGUUGCUCCCUCGGCUGGUCCCGGUGUUAAAAGGUGCUUUGGCCCAUUCAGACGAUGAAGUGUUUCGAAGAGGACUCAGUGCCUUGGUGCAGUUGAGUGCUGUCGUCGGCUUUUGGCUUAAUGGUCAUCUGAAGCAUCUGCUUUCUAGCCUUUCCAAGAGACAGAUGAGCAAGAAGUUCAAAGAACAAACCACGGAGGCUUUGCAAAAACUGGAGCAAUAUGGCGGAAAAGAAAGCCUGACUAUUAUAAAGGCAAAGAUUCCAACUUAUUCUUCAAUUUCUUCCUAAGGAAUGUGAUGAAGAGCCCUGCCUUGCAACUACAUGGUGUUAUUUAUUUUUCUAUAGUGUAUUGUUCUGUGACCUUUCAGGGAAAGAAGUGAUUAAUAUUUUAAAUUAAGACGAGUGUCAAAAAUAAAAGUGUCUUGGAUGCUUAAUUAUGAAAAAUGCUUAGGAAUGGCACCAUCUUUGUUUUAGUCCCUUUUGCGUUAAAAUUAUUAUGAAACAGUCAUUUAAAAAAAUAUAUUAUUUUUUGCUUCCUUGCUAGAUUUAACACUUACUUAAGCCUCUGUGCAAUUUGAUUUUUACUAAAUUUAGAUGAUGAUGCCCGAGGGCGCUAAAGUCUUUUCCCAGUGCUGGUUAAGGAGGUCCUAAACUUCCUAUUUUAAAAUUGCUAAAAACUGAAGGGAUUGUUUCUCCGUUAAUAUAUUCGUUGAUAGAGAUUGUUUUAUUUUUAUAGUGUUUCUUAAAGAAACACCUCUUGUGGGUUCUAGAUUGGAAAAUGUCCAUAGUUUGUUCUGUUGGAAUGGAGAAUGUCUUUUUUCCAGGAUGCUCAGAAUACUUUAUGCCUCCAUCAAACACAGGGAUUUUCAUGAGUAUUAAAGAAAAAUAGUUAACUACACCGCAGUCUUGAAGUAUUAAACUUUAUAAAACAAACAUACAGGUACUGACUUCCCAGAAGUCCACUGAAAAACAAACAAACACAACUCCAGGCCUUCUGUGUCUUCAUUUUUAUUAUAAAAUGUGCACAUUUAAUUCUCAUGAAUGUUCUACGACAAAGUUUAGAUGUACAUGUGUUGCACUACAGUGGCACUAAUGCCACUCCUACGGUGGCAUUAGUAGAGUAGCUUGACUCUCGAAGCCAUCUCGUACCAGAAUAGAUGCCAUUUUUAAAAAUAGAAAGAAAAAAACUACAAGAGUUUGCAGCAUCCUUGUACAUCCAUAAGCUCUCUGGAACUCCAGCGCAGAAACGAUUAAUGCUGCCGUACGUCUUCUAUCAGUACUAAUAAGCAUCUAGCCAGACAGUAAUUUAAUAUUACUUCGACUGUCUUGAGUAGCAGGAAUUUUUGCUGGCUACUGUCUGUUCUGUCUGUCUCUCCCUUUCUUUUUUUAAUUUCCCUUUCUUGUUUUUAAAGAAGCGAGAAGAGAGGUGGAAGUACCUCUCUUAACUUAGAUAUUGUGCACUUGUGUUUUUUCCCCGCGGUCACUUUUAAAGGCUGUGGCAAAUUUACUCUUUAAUUUUAUUCCGAUCGUUUUUCUGCGACUUUUCAGUUGUUCUCAGAAUACUCUCUCUCUCUCUGCUUUUCACUCUGUGAAUAAUAGCAGUUGUAGCUCCUGGAAGAUCUACAGCUCCUUCUAAGUAGUCAUGCUAAUAAACUUCCAAUCUUACUUGGGUUUUGAAACUAUAAA